AUCUUUCCCCCCAGAUACCAGGUAGGUAAUUAUCUUAGAAAUUUCACUAUCAACCCCCCUCGUCGAGAUGAAACUCGAAAGAAAAUAUCUUAAAUACACAGAAAGAAAAAAAAAUGCGGGAAGGGAGUGGAAUGACAGUUCAUAAGAUAUGUCUUAAAGUAAUCCCGUUCAAUAAACACCAAUUCCACGGCCAAUGAACAUAAAAUUCGGACUAUCCAAACUUCAUCACGUAUUGAUAAACAGGUACCUAUUCUUUAGUAACGAAGACGAAAAGCCACAUUAUGAUCCUACGCUGGUUUAUUGCAGCUGCGCAGGUGCUAUCCCGCGACACAACCUUGUACAGUAUCAGCCACCCUCCGUUACGAACGAAUUUAUAUAUAUUAAUAUAAUAUUAACAACCAAUGCCAUAUUUCAAUAAACUCAUUCCAUCCUAGAGCUAAGCGGAGCAACAGAUAAAGAAAAAAAAAAUGUGGUUGAUUAACACUACAACACUAGAGCUCGAAUUUGUUGCGAGCCCUACGGAGCGCGCCUAUGCCGUCUUAUCACACACGUGGGAGGAUGAAGAAGUGUCCUUCCAGCAAUUCUCAGAUACCACGCAACGCGCGUCGGUUGAAAAGCUACGGGGGUUCACUAAGAUCGUGAAAACGUGUCAAUUGGCGAAAGACGAACACAUGCUCAAGUACGCCUGGGUAGACACUUGUUGUAUUGACAAGACGAGCAGCGCCGAAUUGUCCGAGGCCAUUAAUUGCAUGUUUAGGUGGUAUCAACAGGCAGCAGUGUGUUUUGUCUGGCUUUGCGAUAUGGCCCUUGAGCCGAUCGACUUUUGGGAUACUUCACCUGGACCAUACAAAAGGGUCACCCCAGAUGUGCUGAGAGAAUGCAAGUGGACCACGAGGGGCUGGACGCUUCAAGAAUUACUAGCGCCGAGUGUCGUCAAAUUCUACGACAGGAAUUGGGAUUUCAUCGGUACCAAAGAUUCGUGGUUAUUAGACCCAAUAUCAGAAGUGACGGGAAUCGAGCCUGAGUUUUUAACUCGCAACUACUUAAUCUGGUCUGCCCCAGUCGGUACUCGGGUGCGCUGGGCUUCCGGAAGAAAGACUACGCGACCAGAGGAUAUAGCAUAUUGCCUUUUGGGUAUUUUUGACAUCAAUAUGCCCCUACUGUACGGCGAGGGGGAUAAGGCGUUUCUUCGACUUCAAGAGGAGAUCUGCAAGCAGACCCACGACUUGUCGUUAUUUGCAUGGACAGCACGGCCAGGAUAUGCUUCAUCUUCUUUGUUCGAUCGGUAUCGUGGCAUAUUCGCCCUUCAUCCAUGCGAAUUCUCAGAUACGCAGCCGUUACAGCGCGAGAGCGCUAGUAGUGUCUUUCGCGGCGAGGUUGCCAUCACCAACAAGGGUCUCCGUCUCGAUGAUGUCCAAUUAUAUAGGGCGCCUAAUGAUACAUUGAUCCUACCGCUUGGGUACGCCGGUCCAUGCUCCGAAGAUAAAUACCGGAAGGUAUCUUACGGCAUAUACAUCAGGCUGACGCUUGAUGGAUACAUUCGCAAAAACCCAGGCACCCUCGCUAUACUAUCGGGCGACCGUACCUCCGAUAUACCCACACACCGCAUCUAUAUUAGGAAGCAGUCAGUCGCACCAUGGGUAUGUAGCGAACUCAUACGAGAUAAAUACAUUGGCGUGCUGCUCUUCCGAUUUGAAGGGCAAUUUCCCUCUAGAAUGGUCAAGGUAAUACCACAAGAAUCGUUUGACUAUAGUCUAAACGCAUUUAUAACUGGGGGUGAAAAGUUCUUCGGCUACCUACGGCUGAGCGUGGGCGGCGUGGAAGUUGUGGUCGUCUGCUGGCUAAGAAUGCAUCCUUCAAAAUAUUCUACCACCACGUCGCCCGAUGUCAAGUACGGAUUUGCUGUCGAGGGGAAAGACGGUUGGGACAGAUUAAAAACUAUGCGCCUCGAAACAGAAAUAGCCAAUCAUGCAGGCCAGGAUGGCACUGUUCUAUCACUUCAGCCAAACGCCAACUUAAGCCACUCUGACGGUAGCAUUGUCACCUCCCUUGGCUCAUCGGACAUAAGUAUGGCCAUGCACACAUUCACGAGGGGCCAAAACAACCAUUUGAUGGUGACGUUUAUGAAAAAAAGGAAGAGGACUCUGUUCCGUUUACCCUACAUUAGGUAGGUAGGUACCUAGGCAUAUACUGCCCCAUCUGCCCCCAUCUACCCUACCUUUCCACCUUGGAAAUAUUAGUAGAGACGCGUGGCGCGUUUUGUAGCUGAAGCGAUUACCAAUACCGCUUUUUUUUUCUUUUAUUAUUAGAACAAAGAUGGCGCCAAAAAAGCAGACUUUGGGUCUAAGUAGGGGUUACGUCAGUUAUU